AUGGCUUCUGACAUUCAAUUGGCGUUCGUCAAGCAAGAAAUAGAUGAGAAUGCAGGGCUUGGGACGUGGCUAGAUUUCAUGGAGAGACUGCAAGACAUUGAUGCUGGAGACAAGAAGACUGCGAGCGCCCCUGGCGACAAGCGGCACGCGUGCGGGCAGUGCGGCAAGUGCUUCAUGGGUGAGACGUCGUACGUGUGCCUUGAGUGCGGCAAGGGCUUCGCGCAGGCCUGCAACUUGAACUUGCAAGUGAGGACGCACACGGGCGAGAGGCCGUACGUGUGCAUGGAGUGCGGGAAGAGUUUUCCCAGGUGCUCCAACAUGAAGAAGCAUGCCAGGACGCACACGGGCGAGAAGCCGUACGUGUGUGAUGAGUGCGGGCAGGGGUUCACGCAGGCGCACAGCUUGCACCCGCACGCAAGGGCGCACAUGAGCGAGAGGCCGUACGUGUGCGCCGUGUGCGGCAAGAGUUUUGCUUUUCGUCGCCACCUUCUGCGGCAUUCGAGAACUCACACAGGGGAGAAACCCUUCAAGUGCAGUGUGUGUGGGAAGGCGUUUUCACGUUCAUCUACUCUUGUAACACACCAGAGAACACACACGGGAGAGAAAACCUUCAAGUGCAGUGUGUGUGGGAAGGCGUUUUCACAGUCACCAAAUCUUCAAAGACACCAGAGAAGACACACGGGAGAGAAACCCUUCAAGUGCGGGGUGUGUGGAAAGGCGUUUGCACAGUCACCACAUCUUCAUGUACACCAGAGAACUCACACAGGAGAUAAACCCUUCAAGUGCAGUGUGUGUGGGAAGGCCUUUUCAGUUUCAUCUGCUCUUGUAACACACCAGAGAACACACACGGGAGAGAAACCCUUCAAGUGCAGUGUAUGUGGGAAGGCGUUUGCACAUUCAUCUACUCUUGUAAAACACCAGAGAACACACACGGGAGAAAAACCCUUCAAGUGCGGGGUGUGUGGGAAGGCAUUUGCACAGUCACCACAUCUUCAUGUACACCAGAGAACUCAUACAGGAGAUAAACCCUUCAAGUGCAGUGUGUGUGGGAAGGCGUUUUCAGUUUCAUCUGCUCUUGUAACACACCAGAGAACACACACGGGAGAGAAACCCUUCAAGUGCAGCGUGUGUGGGAAGGUGUUUGCACAUUCAUCUUCUCUUGUAACACCCCAGAGAACACACACAGGAGAGAAACCCUUCAAGUGCAGUGUGUGUGGGAAGGCGUUUUCACAGUCAUCAACUCUUCAAAUACACCAGAGAACACACACGGGAGAGAAAUCCUUCAAGUGCAGUGUGUGUGGGAAGGCAUUUUCAGAUUUAUCUACUCUUAAAAAACACCAGAGAACACACACAGGAGAGAAACCCUUCAAGUGCAGUGUGUGUGGGAAGGCAUUUUCACAGUCAUCUGUUGUUAAAAAGCACCAGAGAACACACACGGGAGAGAAACCCUUCAAGUGCAGUGUGUGUGGGAUGGCGUUUGCACAGUCCCCACAUCUUAAAGAGCACCAGAGAACACACACGGGAGAGAAACCCUUCAAG